UUAGUUCACUUGUUUUGCUUUUAAGUUUAAAAAGCAUUUUUCAUUUUGAGUCCAAUUCCUUUCAUUUAAAAUUUAAUUACAAUUCAACUGAUGGAUUCUGUCAUCGAAAAAAAUUCUUUUAUACAGUCAGUGUAUAAAAUUAAUUGUAAUCUAGUGCCAUCCGGAGAUCCAUCGACCAUUGAAUUCGUUUUCAAACUAAUAAAAAAUGUAUGUGACCACAUUUUAUCAAAUGGCAUGGAUCAAGAAUUACUUGAAGAGUUAAAAAAUGUGAUUAUUCACAAUGAUGUGAAAUAUUUCGUCCUUAAAGCUUUGUUACAUCUUUUCAAAGAUAAAAAAAAGUUGGGCGAUGAAACGGAAGAUUUUGUCACCAAUGGUUUUGAUUUAUUAGUCCUAGUGCAAAUUAAAGAAAGUAAAUCUUUAAAAUCGACUUUGUUUUUCAAAUCAGAUGAAGACAAUUUAAUUCCAAAAAGUUGCUUAACAUAUAAAAAACAAGCUGAAUUAUUUGCAUCAGUUUGGUUUACAUUUCUUUCUUUCAAGCUUACUGUUCCAAUAUAUAAGAAAGUGUUGCAAAUAUUGGAAAAAAAGGUUAUGCCACAUUUUAGGAAUCCAUUGUGUUUGUCAGAUUUUCUGAUAUCGUCUUUCAACAUAGGAGGAUCUGCCAGUUUACUUUCGCUGUCUUCACUUUUCAUUUUGAUGACCAAAUGUAACUUAGAUUAUCCUGAUUUCUAUAAGAAAUUCUAUAAUUUAAUAACACCCGAUAUGCUUUAUGUGAAAUAUCGAGCGAGAUUUUUUUACUGGACAGAUAUAUUUUUAACUUCAACACACAUACCCGCCUAUUUGAUAGCCGCAUUUAUUAAAAAGCUGGCUCGAUUAACUUUGGUGGCGCCUGUUGAUGCUAUUCAAAUCAUACUACCGAUAAUUAAAAACAUAUUGAUCCGACACCCUAGUUUGUCUUCUAUGGUUAACAAAUAUCAACCAACUACCAUGGAUUCAGAUCCAUAUGAUUGUAACCAAGAGGACCCUGCGAAGUCCAAUGCCAUAGAAAGUUCACUUUGGGAAGUAAAAACACUUGCAGCACAUUGGGAUCCAAAAGUAGUUAAAGCUGCAUCGUUUAUCAACAGACCAUUACCAACAUUAGAGGUCGAUCUGGCAGAUAUCCUGGAAACCUCUUUCAAUGAUAUAAAAGAGGAAGUUGAGAACUCCAUUGAUCAUGAAGAUUUUGAUUUGCAGGUCAAUAAUUUGAGAGAUCCCAUUAGGAAAUUUUUACAAUGCUAAUAUGUAGAUAUAAUUCUAAGCUGUUCUGCGCUACCUUAAUGUCAAAUUUGUUGAUAAAUUUUCUAAUUUACAUUUGCAUAUUGCAAUAAAGUAACUUUUGUUUUGAUGGAGUGAAUUUUUCAUAA